AUGAGCGAAGCCUACGAACGGGAGCAGCAAAACAAUGCUCUCCUCAACUCCCUCUCCAGCAAAGUAUCAGCCCUCAAGUCGGUGACGAUCGAUAUCCACGACAACGCCCAUGAUCACAACACACUGGACCACUCGAAUGAAGUCUUCUCCUCGUUCUCCUCGAAUCUCCGCGGCAGCGCAAGUCGGUUAACGCGGAUGGCAAAGCAGGGGGAUACCGUUGCAGUGCUGAAAGUGGCGGGGAUUGUGGCAGCAGUCGGGUUGGCGAUCUGGGUGAUUCUGGGAUGGAUUUUCUAA